AAUUUAAAUGUCGUUAAUUAUUAAUGUUUCACUGUAGUUAUUUAAAUAAAUGCCCGACAUUUGUGGAUGUCGCAUAGUGACGAAAUCGAUAUCAUCCGACCGACCGACAAAACACGACGACAAAGAAACAAAGCACAUUCUACUGCUCGCGUCCAAAUUGGCAAUGCGUGCGAUGCGGCAACGUCGCGUUUGUCGGUCGCAUGCUUUCAAACGGAGAACCAGUUUGUUUUCUGUCGCAUCGCACGCACGACGUCUGCACAACGACGAAUGAACAAUUUCGCCGAGUUGUUGAUCAUCGAGGUGCAGAAGAGGCCCGUUCUGUGGAACAAAUUCAUCCAAAACUCCACAAACCGUUUGUUAGUGGACAAGGAAUGGGAAAAUGUGGCAAUGCUAUUAAAACGAGACAAGGAGGAGGUGAGGCUGAAAUGGCGCAACUUGAGGGACCAGUUCCGGAGAGAGUUGAAGAAGAUGAGGAAGCCCCGAUCGAAGGACCCGGGCGAUCCACCGAUCAGCAAUUACAGGGGCAAGUGGGUGUACUUCGAGAUGCUUUUGUUCCUGAAGGACACGAUGAUACAGAAGAGGACGGAGGACUGUUUCAACAAUAAUUUGGCGAACGCUGAUGAGACGGAAUGCAAGCAGGACAUCGUGAACGACGAAGAUCUGACGAUUACCGAGGAUUCACCUUUGACGUUGAUGUCUCGCUGUUCGCCGGAUGUCAUCGACAUCUCUCGACUGUCGUCGCGCAACGAGAUCCCCGGAACUGUGAAAUUCCGGGCCGCCAGAUGCGGCUUAGAAGGCUCGCAGAUCUUCGAGCCAGCGGUUCAGAGAAAAAGGAGGAAAAGGAAGGUUGCACUGAGGUUGUCCGACUUCGAGGAAAAUAUGCUGGAACUGGAGAAUAAGAAACUGUCGAUGUUGAUCGAGAAGGGAUCGUCGGCGGAGAGGCACGAGUCAGAAAUCGACGAGGACAUGCAUUUCGCCAAAUCUCUGGUGCCGUUUCUCAGGAGAUUGAACCCGCUGAGGAAGUUGGUCGUCAGGAACGAGAUCCAGAAUCUGCUGAUCAAAGAGUUGCUCGACGAGUCGUCAAUCUCGUCGAGUGUUUCGCAGACUUCUUCCACCACGCACUGUAGUAAUAAUAAUAUAUAAUUGUUUAGCGUUCGCUGCCUUGUAAAAUCUAGGAAUUAAAGUAUUUUCUUAUUAACCGGCAAUUUUUGCUGAACAGUAUGUCGCUAAUUGAUUUUGUAUUGUUCGAGUAAAAUAAUUGUUUAAAUGACAAAUUCGUAUUUUUGUUAAUGCGAUUAAAGGAAUUAGGUGAUGCAUAUCAAAACACAUUGUACUUAGGACAUUGCGUGCAUUUUUGUACAAUAAAAGAUUGUUUG